CGCAGGGGAUGCAGCCAGGAGUCAGAUACAAACAGCCAGAAGGCAAGACAGCCGGUGCGCCCGUUUGCCAGCCUUCCUAAAAUGCCUGCCAGGAUCCUUUUGGUGUUUCUCUUCAGCCUUCUCGCCAUGUCUUCAGCCUGCUACUUGCCGGCAUGUUCCAAACGAGGAAAGCGGACCCCAGGAGUCCGAAUAUGUAUGUCCUGUGGCCCUGACAACAGAGGGACCUGCUUCGGGCCGGAGAUUUGUUGUGUAAGAGAUCAUGGCUGCUAUUACAAGAAUGACUGGAGUGUCCGUUGCCCGGAAGAGAACUUGGACCCUACUCCCUGUGAGGGUAGUAGGGUCGUCUGCAAUGGGAAUGGUCGAUGCGGAUACACUGGCGUUUGCUGCACUCAUGAGACUUGCUUCGCUUCAACUGAGUGCUGAAAUUAGAACGGCGAGAAAGGACGGACGUCUCCGGAAAGGAAUUUGACUGUGCGGGAUGGCUCAGCUGGAGAUCUCCUUCUGUUGCAGAAAAAUAAAUGAAUGAAUUGAAUUUCAA